AUGGGUGAUACAAUAGAAGUACGCACAGAUGGCAAUUCCUUGCUGAAGGCUGUCUACCUGAGCCGCCUACGGCUGACCCGCCUACUGCUGGAAGGUGGAGCCUACAUCAAUGAGAGCAAUGAGCGUGGGGAGACGCCCCUGAUGAUCGCCUGUAGAACCAAGCAUGUUGAUCAACAGAGUGUUGGCAAAGCCAAGAUGGUCAAGUAUCUCCUGGAAAAUGGUGCAGAUCCCAACAUUCAGGACAAGUCAGGUAAGACAGCCUUGAUGCAUGCAUGCUUGGAGAGGGCUGGUGUUGAGGUGGUGUCCUUUCUUUUGGCAAGUGGGGCUGACCCCAGCUUGGAGGACCACUCUGGUUCCUCUGCCCUGGUCCACGCUGUUAAUGCCAAUGACAAGGACACCCUCAAAGUGCUGCUUGAUGCCUGCAAAGCCAAGGGCAAGGAGGUGAUCAUCAUCACCACAGACAAACUGCCUUCAGGAAGGCAAAUGACCAAGCAGUACCUCAAUGUCCCCCCACCACCGGAACUGGAGGACCGCCUGCACUAUUCUCCCAUGUCGAUCAUGUCUCCUUCUGAAAUAGAACUUCGCACCUCACCCCAAACUAUGGCUUCCCAGCCAGAGAAGCGUAUGUUUAACUUCCAGAGCUCUAGCACUACAACAUCUCAACCUGGAUCACCAAUCCAUGACCCCAACCUAGUACAAGGUGGGACGGCGAAGCUGCUGCAUUUGCAACGUCUGCACUCUGAACCUUGGCUGAAGAUCCCUCAUUCUUUGCUCCUGCAGCAGAACAAAGCUUCUUCCUUAGCUGAGGACCUACUGGAUAUUACCCCAGAGGAAGAGCUUUCUUUUAGGAUCAACGGAAUGACCUUUCCCCGAGCCCCAGUCACACGUCACCAGAGCAUGGAUGUGAAAGAUACUGCUGGGCUGAGCAAGACCUUGGACAAGGGAGGCAGCAUGGAUGGUGGAGGGGAAAGAAGGGGAGGACUGGGCCGGAAGAUGUCAUACGAUGACAUCUCAUCGUCUCACACGUCUUCACACUUGGAUCUGCACCGCAAUAACGGAGCAGCUGCUGUCCCAGUGGACAAGGACCCAGACUGCCUCUCCAAUUUGGCUGUGUCCAGCCUGCGCAACAUUGUCCGGCGGCGGAACAUUGGGAUAGACCACUACAGCUCGGAUUCCCAGUUACCCCAAUUUAAUAGCCCUGAGGACUGCAAGACUGCAGUAGAGAAAAGGAAGCUGGUCUCGACACGCUCCUCCAACCUGUCCGGCUCCCGAGAGUCCUUGGAGAGUUUCUCCAGAAGGAACCCAGGCAUGAUGGAGCGUCGGGGGUCUGGAGCCUUGCUCCUGGAUCACAUUUCCCACACCAGACCAGGGUAUCUGCCUCCACUCAACCCCCAUGUGCCCAUUCCUGACAUUGGUGUUAACGCCAGCACAGGUGCUAGCAGCAGCAAUGGGAGUACUGUUAUGAAGCCAGUGAGUGGGGCAUGUGCUGGCACAGGGCCCAAGCCCCUUAUUCCCUGCGCCCCCAGCUUCCCCAAGGAUCUCAAGGCCAAGAAGAUGUUGCUGCGGCGUCACUCCAUGCAGACAGAGCAGAUCAAACAGCUUGUCAAUUUUGAAGAGAUCUUUGGUCACUAA